AGCAAACGAAAAGCUUCUCCAGAAGACCCGCUUCGAGUUCCUCCCGCGAAAAAGCCGUCGCCUUUCUCUCUUCUUCGUCGUCGAAAUCGAAUACCCACCUCGCCUUCGAUCCGGCGGAGUCGAACUGAAGUUUUGCAGAGCGGCGGCAGGAACGAGGGGGAAGCGAAGCGCGGGGGACAUGGCGACGUCGGGUCUUUACCGGCGGGUCCUCCCUUCUCCUCCGGCGAUCGAUUUCGCCUCCGACGAAGGCAAGAAGCUCUUCAUUGAAGCCAUCCAAGCUGGGACGAUGGAAGGAUUUUAUACGUUGAUCUCUUACUUUCAAACGCAAUCAGAGCUUACGUAUUGUGGAUUGGCUAGCCUCUCGAUGGUCUUGAAUGCCCUUGCCAUUGACCCCGGAAGGACAUGGAAAGGUCCUUGGAGAUGGUAUGAUGAGUCUAUGUUAGGCUGCCCUAAGGAGCUGAAAAAAAUUAAAGCUGAAGGCAUAUCGUUCGGGAACGCAGUACAUUGGGCUCGACGUGCUGGAGCUGAAGUUGAAGCAUUUCAGACUAGUCAAACCGAUGUUGAUUUCUUCCGUCAGUCUGUUAAAAAAUGUUGUUCUUCAGAUAAUUGUCACCUGGUCUCAUCCUAUCACAGAGCUGGUCUUGAACAGACAGGAGCUGGCCAUUUUUCACCUAUUGGUGGUUAUCAUGCGGGAAGGGACAUGGUACUGAUAUUGGAUGUUGCACGUUUCAAGUAUCGCCCUCAUUGGGUUCCAGAUACCCUCCUCUGGGAAGCCAUGGAUACUGUUAACAAGACAACUGGACAAAGAAGAGGGUUCAUGCUUAUAUCCAAGCCAAAGAGGGACGCUGGGCUGCUUUAUACCCUGGGCCGCAAAAAUGAAAGUUGGCUUGGUGUUGUAAAGUACUUAAUGGAUGACGUUCCUCAUCUGUUGAAGUCCAAGGAUGUGAAAGAUAUCAAUGGCAUUCUCAGUAUUCUUUUGGCAUCACCCCCGUCUGGUUUCGAGAAAUUUAUCCAGUCGGUUGCUGAAGUUAAGAGGGAACAGGAGUGUGGUAUAGGGAUAAGCGAAGAAGAAAAACAAAGACUUGCGAGCAGGGAAGAGCUGUUAAAGCAAGUUCGGGAUACUGGUUUUUUCGAGUACGUAGUUAAUUUUUUGCCUUCAACUUCAUGCUGCAGCAGAGUUCCGGUUUUUGGUGGCAGUGAAAAUCUGGAUGAAAUUGCAGCCAGCGUCUGUAGUCAUGGGGCAGAACCUGAUCCCAAUAACUGUACUAGCACUCGACCGGUUGGAAGUAAUAUCUUAACUGUACUUCUGUUGAUGUUGCCACCUGAAACCUGGUGCGGUAUCAAAGAUGAGAAACUUCGGGAGGAAGUACGGAGCCUUGUUUCAACGGAUAAGCUUCCUGCCAUGCUUCAAAGAGAGGUGUUGCACUUGCGAAGACAGCUUUACAAUCUGAAGAAGCAUGAAGAGAACAUGGCAAAGAGGAAAUCUGCCAUUGCUCAGAAGAAAUCUGCAUUUUCUCUAAAACUUUCUAGAAACUUCAAGAUUGAUAUUGUCUAGAAUUGUUGAGAAUGGAGGUUGCUAAAUGAAUCUAGAAGAUUCACGUGGGAAAGCAAGCAAGUAGAAAUCUCUAGAAGAAGAAUGGAUAAACUACAAUCUAGAAUUUCCUAGAAUAAGC